AUGUCCUCACUGGUCCUCCUUACCGGCCCCAACGGCUUCGUUGGUGCGCACGUCCUCGAACACCUUCUCAGAUCUCACUUCCGCGUCCGCGGCACAGUUCGCUCUCUCUCCAAAGCAACAUAUCUUCAAAACAAGUACGCCGCGGCAUCAUCGAACGGGGACUUGGCCUUUGUGGUAGUCCCCGACAUUCAAGCUCCGGGUGCAUUGGACUCGGCGGCCCAGGGCGUCGAUUACAUCUGCCACGUUGCUUCUCCAUAUUUCACUUCGUCCAACGACCCGAUCAAAGAGCUCGUCGAGCCUGCUGUCAAUGGCACGCGGAACGUCGUGUCUAGCGCACUGAAAACCAAGACAUUAAAGAAAAUGACAGUCCUCAGCAGCUUUGCAAGUGUUGUUGAUUUGUCGAAAAAUCCCCGCGGAGGAUAUACUUAUACCUCUGACGAUUGGGAUCCCGUCACAAUGGAAGAGGCUGCCAAGGACGGAUACAUGGGGUAUCAUGCGAGCAAGACGUUCGCGGAGCGAACAGCGUGGGAGGUGUGGAAGGACGCGAAGGCCAAGGGAGAGAUUACCUGGGAUCUGGUCACAUUUUGUCCACCGAUGAUCUACGGGCCGCCGGUACAGGAGAUUCACCAGGAAAACGGAGUCGAGGGCUUGAAUACAAGUAUCAAGCGCCUCAUUACGAGCAUUCAGGGACAGGAUCCGAAUUUCAAGCCGAAAGUUGCGACGCCGGGACUGCCGGCUUGGGUGGAUGUGAGAGAUGUGGCAGAGGCGCAUGUACGGGCUCUAACGAUGCUGGAGAAGGGAGUCAGUGAGAGAUUCUUGCUCUGUGGUGGUGUUGAUUAUUUCGAGGAUGGGCUGGCUGGGUUGAGGGCCCGAGGAGAAAAGGGAUUAGGGGAGGAAGGUGUCCAUGUUGUUCCGGGGGAGCAUUUUGGGCUGGACAGAAGCAAGGCGGAGAAGAUGUUGAAGUUGGAAUUCACGCCGUUCCAGAAGACGGUGGAGGAUAGUUGGGAGGCUUCUGAAGAUGAGUGGAAGCUCGAGCAAGGGUUAACUGGGGCUGAGCUUCCCAUUCGAGAUCAAACUCUUUUGGAAGGCGACAUUCCUCAAUCAGCUAUCCUUAGCGAUGAAGAGAAUAGUGAAGAUGACUAUGAUCCAGACAUCUUGUUUGCCGAAGAAUGGCGAGAAUACAUCGAAUGGGAAGACUAUCCCGGGAAGAAAGCCGUUGUGCACCAAAUCAUGCUUAGCCACACAUUCUCACCCCGGCCAGAAUUCCAACUUGGUCCUAUCUCCGACGCCAACCCCAUCUUCAAAGGCGUCCGUUGGAAACAACGGCACCAAGCCAUCUGCAGCCCCUUGACCUCUGUGCCUGAAGAAUCCUGGCUGCGUGUCAUCCAAGAGAAACAUCCGACAGCGGCACCCGCCGCAUCGAGCAGAUCCAAAUGUACGCAGGCAAAGGGGACGAAAUGGAUCAACACGCCCUGGGCGAAUGGCGGGAUCAACACGGCGCACUACGCUGGCGUCUCUCUCAAAAAGGUCAUCAAACAAUGCGGCGGCAUGGCCAAGGCCGGUAAACAUCUCGAAUUCCACGGCGCAGAUACCUACUUUGACAAAAUGACGGUCAUGAAUUUAUCUUGUCCCUGUUUCCCUGGUCAAAAGUCAUAG